ACUUAUCAAUAAUAACAAAGAAAGAGGUUUUGGGCAGAGUGAUGACAACUCCACCAUGUUCACAAGGUCAAGCAUCUCCACCUUAUCCACGAAGUCCAGCAGACUAAAGAAACAAUUUGCAAACUCAUAUACUCUAGAGAAUGCACCAAUUGAUUUAGAAAAACUUGAACACACUGGUGAACUCACGAACGCUGAAUUGUUGUGUCGAAGAGGGAUAACAGUGCUUAUAUGUCUGUUUAUAGUCGGUAUAGGAGUGCUCAUUAGACUUGUUGUCAAAUACCCGGAGGAAUUGACUAUGUUAUGUGUACCAUGGGAUGGUACAGGACCUUUUCCUAACACAACAAUGCCAAUAUGUAAUGUUACCAUGGAGACGACCACUAUAUUUUCAAACAUAACAACAAUGCUGACUUAGGAUUUGUUCAUAUUUACCAACAAUGAACUAUGGGAAAGGGGUUUACGAAAAAUACCGACCCUACCGACCACCGACCGGUCGGCGUUUUACACAGGUAGUCUUAAAACAGGUGAAAAUGUGUAAAAGAGCGACCAUAUUUGUAGCCUUGAAUUAUUUAAUUAAUUCGAAUUUUAAUACAUGUCAUUCAUAGGCAACGUUUUUUACCCAUUUUGUUAUUUUCAAUUAAGUUGAAAUGGUUAAAACGAAAGGCAAGCAAACACUUAAGUUCCUGACCUGCCAACCCAUCGUUUCUACGGGAAUCGAUCCUAAUUUUUACUAAAAUUGAACGUAGGCCUAAUUUAAAGAAAGGAUAGAUAGAUAGGUAUCGAUAUGGUGAACUGAAUUCAACAAUGUUUUUCUCUUAAAGUCCCCGAUAAAUCGGGCUACGUAUACCGCCGUGUUUACAUUAGGGGAUUAGAAGAGUUUAUUUUUUAUUUAGGUAUGCAAGCUACGUAUAUCAAUAUUAGGCCUU